CCCUCAGCGGGCAGCGCUCCGCCUGGCUUCGGGACCCAACAUGCCUCCCCCUCCGGCAUCCUCCUCAACGCCGUCGCCGCUACCGCCGCCGCCGCCGCCGCUUUUCCCGGCCUGAAGCCAGGAGCCGCCUUCCUCUCCCGCCAGCCAAAGUUCCCAGACGGCCCCGACCCCACCCCAGGCGGCGGCGCAGCGACAUGAGGAGCGCCGAGGACCUGGAGGGCUUCGACGGCGAGGCGUCGAGCACCUCCAUGAUCUCCGGCGCCAGCAGCCCUUACCAGCCCACCACCGAGCCCGUCAGCCAGCGCCGCGGGCUGCGCGGCCUCCGCUGCGACCCCGACUACCUGAGGGGGACCUUCGGCCGGCUCAAGAUCGCCCAGGUGGUUUUGGCACUGAUUUCCUUCAUCUGCAUCGAGACCAUCAUGGAAUGUUCCCCUUGUGAAGGCCUUUAUUUCUUUGAAUUUGUCAGCUGUAGUGCAUCGGUAGUUACUGGAGUUCUGUUGCUUAUGUUCAGUCUAAAUCUCCAUGCAAGAAUACCACAGAUCAACUGGAACAUUACAGAUUUGGUCAAUACUGGACUCUGCACUUUCUUCUUUUUCAUUGCAUCUGUAGUACUUGCUGCUCUUAACCAUAAAAAAGGAGCAGAAAUUGCAGCUGUGGUAUUUGGCUUUCUGGCAACUGCAGUCUAUGCUGUGAAUUCAUUUUUAGCGGUUAAAAAUUGGAGAAUGAACAGCCAGCAGCAAAACACACGGCAGACCAGUGAUUAUAUGCGUGCUCGGACAGAAUCCAGAGAAGUGGACCAUCGGCCGGAGAUUCAGCGCCUGGAUGGGUGAAAAUCGCAUGCCAAGUGGGAUCUUUCCAAGAAGAAGAAAAAUAGAAGCAUGCAGACCUUUUUUUUUUUCUUUAAAAAAUUAUUCACUUUUAUAGGAAAUGAAGAAGGAGCAUGUGGUGGUCGAGAGCAGCUGCAUGCCCAAAGAGAGGGAGAAGGAUUGAGAAGCAAUUGACAUGAAGGUUACAGUGGCUGACCUUUUCAAAUGAAGAUACUUGUCCAUAAAUAUGGAGGAAGAGGAGGAUCCAUUAGAAUGAAGAUCUGUCUUGGUGCACAGUACUUUUCUGCAGAGAGGGACUUGAUGUUCAAUCUACUUUCCCAUCAUCCAGUAAACACAUUAGAAUUAACACUGGCAAUAGAUUUUGCUUUUGAAAUGGAUAUUUUCCAACAAUAGACAUAAUGCAUUGGGGUGAGAGAUAGCAAUAACGUCAAUCAGGUAUUGGGUUACACAACUGCUGAAUCCGUUUCCUAUCAAGAUCUGCCAGAUAACUUCAGUUCUCGACUCUUACAGCUCUGUUAUGUAUCUCCAACUUUUAGUUGGAGGAUUGGAUAAUAUUAACUGAAUAAGCUCUUGACUACAGAGAAAAAACAAAGCUUGCUCUCAUUUGUGUCCAUAACUAGUUACAAAUUGGGAUUUAACACCUCCAUCUACUACAUUUCCUUUUCCAUUUUACACGAGAGUAAUACAAAAUUGACAUUGAGCCUCUCUGUUGAUCAAAAUCUGUACCGAGUGAAUUUUUUUUUCUAUUUAUGGUCAACCAUAGGAAAGCCUCAUUGUGGUCAGGGUUAAGGAACAUUUGUGUUGUGUCCACGUACUGCGAUGUUUUUGAAAUGGUGUAAUUACCCUGAGAGCUUAAUUUGUAUGGCUGCAAACUUCAGUUGCCCAAAUUACGUCGAUCUGUUGCUCUGAAUUAAAAUGUUAUGUUUAAUUUA